AUGGUAAAUAUAUUUGAUGAAGUUAGAAUAAUUUUUAGAGGUCCUUGUGAACGUCUUUUCAUAGCUUAUAAGCCUUUUGGUUGGCAUGUUUGUUCUCCUCAGAAGAAGAAGUUUAGUGAAUCUCUUUCUUCAGUUAUUGGAGCAAGUCUUGGGAUUCCCGAAGAUUCCAUUAAAUUCCCAAGUAAACUCAAAAUUAACCAAAAUGGACUAGUAAUUGGUACUACCGACUCUGCCAUGUACUCACAAAUUACAAGAAUUAUUGAAAAUAAACAAUGUACCAAAUGUUACACUUGUUUAAUUGAUACAAAUUCAAGUAUUUUUAAUCACAUUGGAAAGGGAAUUUCAGAAUUAAAUGGAACCAUUCGGUUUAAUUUAUUACAAAAGAAAUCGCAAUUUGAACCAAAUUUACACAUUUCUAACAUUCAAGUUACUUUAGAGGAUUCCAUUUUAAGUCAAGACACUGGACUUAAAUCUAUGAAAUUUAAACUCACUAGCUUGGAACAUCUUUCUAACCCUGAAAAUGCCAUGAAUUGGCCCGAAACUAACAUGAAAUCUCUCUCUACAUAUACUAAUUUACUAGAAAAUAAUUAUUCAUUGGAAUUUCAAAAUAAAUGCCUAUUCGAACUUCAAAAUAAAUAUUUAUUAGAACUCCAUAAUAAAUACCUAUUGGAACUUGAAGUUAAUGAUAAAAUUCUAGACAAGAAUUUAGAAGAAAUUCUUGACCAAUUGGGUAUAAACAUAUCAAACAAAUUUCAUACUAUAACACUAAAUACUAUUCAACUUCCACAUCCAAUUUUAAAAGAUAAAAUAAUCACGGCCAAAAUUAAUUUUCCACUAGAGAAUUUUCUCUCAAUUUAA